AUGGAGCUGUUCGAGCGCGCGAGGACUGUGCGGCUGCGGAGCCACCACGACAAGUACCUGUACGCGGACGAGGACGAGGCGCACGUGAUCCAGGACCGGAACGCGGCGUCCCCGAACGCGCGGUGGGUGGUGGAGCCCGUGCCGCACGCCCCCGGUGUGCUCCGCCUCCGCGGCCGCUACGGCCGCUACCUCUCCGCCUCCAACGAGCCCUUCCUCCUGGGCUUCACGGGCCGGAAGGUGCUGCAGACGCUGCCGCACCGCCUCGACUCCUCCGUCGAGUGGGUGCCCGUGCGCGACGACGCCGGCGCCAACGCGCACGCCCGCGCCGCGCGCCUCCGGACCCGGUACGGCAACUUCCUCCGCGCCAACGCGGGGCUCCCGCCGUGGCGGAACUCCGUCACCCACGACGCCCCGCACCGGCACAGCGGGUGGGUGGUCUGGGAUGUCGAGAUCGUCCAGGCGCUCCCGCCGCCGACGGGACCGGACUCCUCGUCGUCGUCCGCCGCCGCAGAGACCGACGCCGACCCCUUCGCCUCGUCCCCGACUCCGUCGUCGUACAGAAACAACCCGCCCUCCCGCCCGCAGUCUCCGGCUCCCUUGCCAACGUCGGCGCUGAGGCCGCCGCCCCCGCCGGCGCACCACCGUGAAGAUAACUUGGCUCCGUUCAGAGCGCAGCCCCCGCCGCCGCCGCCGGGCUACAUCGCGCCACCGGCUCCUGGUCUGUACAGGCUCGAGUCGACGGACUCCUUCACGGUGCCGCUGCACAAGGUGGAGGGGCGAGCGGUGCACUACCACAUCGGGGACAGCAAUGGGGAGGUGAGGCCGGACGAGGAGCCGCACUACUUGACGUUCAACGGGACGAGCCUGGAGGAACUGCUGGAGAGGCUCAAGGAGGAGACGGGGCUCGAUGACGUCAUCAUGUGCUCGCGCAGCCCCAUCAACGGGAAGCUCCUGCCGCUCCGCCUGCAGCUGCCGCCCAACAACGCGGCCGUGCAUAUCGUGCUUGUGCAGGAGUCGUCGAAAGGUGCGCUUUCUUCGUCAACAAUAUUAUGUUAA